CCACGGGGCAUGCAGCCGGUCGGGGGCGGGGCUCCGAGGCCGGGACGCGGCCACCGGCUCCCCCGCACCCUCCUCCAGCUGGACCCCGUCGCGCUCCUGAUGCUGCUCGUGGACGCCGACCCGCCGGAGUCCGUGCGCAGCGGGGCGCGCGAGCUCGCGCUCUUCCUGACCCCCGAGCCCGGGGCCGAGGCGAAGGAGGUGGAGGAGACCAUCGAGGGGAUGCUCCUCAGGCUGGAAGAGUUCUGCAGCCUGACUGACAUGAUCAGGAGUGACACUUCACAGAUCUUGGAGGAAAACAUCCCGCUCCUUCAGGCCAAAGUGACAGAAAUGCGUGGCAUCUAUGCCAAAGUGAACCAGCUAGAGGCCUUCGUCAAGAUGGUUGGGCACCACGUCUCCUUCCUGGAGGCCCACGUGCUUCGGGCCGAGCGGGACCAUGGGGCCUUCUCGCAGGUUCUGCGGAGAUGGCUGGGCUCCGCCGGGCUUCCCUCCUUCGGGAGCGAUGGUAUCCAAGCUACCAACCGCGUUCUGUUUAGUUCAUGCCUCCUUAGCCGCCUCUGGUCUAGGACAGCUUCUCAGACUCCCCUGGAUUUGGAUGACCUUUACAGCUUUGAGGAAUAUCAGUUAGGUAUUUUAUACAGUACCCCUCGAUUAGGGCUGAUCUGUUGUUUUUCUCAUGGUUGGAUCGGGGCUACGGGUUUUGGGAGGAAGACCACAGAGGUGAAGUGCCUUCGUCCCACCCAGGGCACAGGCUGCCAACAAGAUUGUCACUGAUGCUGUUGACCUUGACCACCUGGCUCGGGCAGUGUUCGCCAGGUCCCUCCUGAGCAGUUCCUUUUCCUUUUCAUAGUCUGCUAUUUGGAAGCCAUGCCAAGUGUAGCCCCAUCAAGGGGAGGGACAGCUAAGCUCCAGUGAGGUUCAAAGGGCAGAGAAAACCCUACCUUGAAGAGGGCUGGGAGGGUCACAGACACUGCGUGGGGCAUGGCAGGUGUAGUGGGGCAUGGGAGGUGGGGCAUACCUGGGGCAUGGCAGGUGUAGUGACUGUAGCCAGGGGAGCCUCUCCCAAGCCCCGAAGAGCUGGGAGUGCCUGGUGACGUAGGGGAGGACUGUGGGCCUCUGGGCACCCGAGCUCCCCUGCACAAGGUCAGCCUGGGGCCUCUGUCCACCAGGGGCUAACCAGGCUCUGGGGCUGACCCCGUGGACCUCAGAAGCCAGGCUACACGUGGUGCUAAUGCGUGGCCUGCUGCUUCUGGCAGGGAGGAUGCUGGGUGAGGAAGGACAGGCUAGAGCCAGAGUGAUGGCCAAGGGCAGCCAACCAAAGAGCACCCAGGCCCAGGACAGUCAGCGCAGUGGGCCUGGCCCGGAAUCCUCCGGUGUGGGUCAGGUGACCUGUCACCCAGUGCCCAUGGUGUGGGAGAUAUGGGGAAAGAAUUUUGUCCUGACCUCUUUAGGAAGACAGAUUCCGUUUGGGGGUAGACCGUGGCUGGUGGUCCCCAUCUGGCCUGCCACUGUUCAGGAAAGUCUUCCUGGCGCCCGGCCGAGCUGCCGGUUUGCACAUUUCUCUGCGGCUGCUGUGGGGCUUCAAGGGCAGAGUUGAGUCGUUGCGACAGAGACCUGCGGCUUGCAAAGCCUGACAUGUUUACCGUCUGGCCCUCCACAGAGCAAGUUUGCAGACCCCGGCCUGAGCAGAAAGCGGACCAGGAUUCGGGAUGUGCAGUUAGGGCAUCCCAAAACAGAGACACGAGGCGGGCCGGGACUUCCAAGGAGGGGGUGGGGAUUUCUGGAAACAAGUGGGCAGGUGGCAAGGGCGAGCUAGGACCCUGAGGUGGGCGAGCUUCGCUUUAGGAGACAGUGAUCCGCGCAAGACAAGGCGGCAGUCUGGUGUUCAUGAGAAAUCUCCUGAUUGGUUACAUGUUUGCAAUUAUUCACUUUUUAGACAUCAUGAAGCCCACCAAGCACAUCUGUCUGGCGUGUGGGCUGCAGGUUUGAGAACUCGGGUGUCCAGGGUGGGAGAGAGGACGUGUGGAUGGAUGUGGGUAGAUGGGAGAGAGCAGCCCGGCCUAAUAAGCCAGUAGGUGAGCUCUGGGCUGGGGGCAGAGGGGACUGUGAGGGGAGAGUCCGAGAGGGGGCGGGGCAGAGUCCGAGACCUGCAGGGUCAGAUGGCCCCAUCUCCCAACCAGUCCCAGGCCGAUGGAACAUUCCUGCCAGCAGGCUGGGAGCUGGGGAGCAGUAGGACACUCCUCCUUGCUUCCCUGGCAGCCCCCCUCCCCCGCCCUGGGAAUCUGUAGAAGGGGAGGUGGGAGGUGGAGAUCUCUGAAGUGCCCUCUGAGAGUCCCAAGGGUUUGGAUUUGCUGCUCUGUCUCCCAAGACUUGGGCCCUGUGUGGGGAUGGGCAGAGGCUGGGCUUCGAGCUGGACAGGCCUGGUGGACCCCACGCCGUGGUCCCCUGGCUCCUGCCACUUCUGAGACACAGGGAAGACCCCUGUUUGGCAGGCUGCCAGGAGAUUCGGGGAGAAAACGGGCGCGGAGGACUGGGUUUCCAUGGCACCCUGACGUGCCGUGAUUGGGGCCUGGCCUCCAGGAUGCGGUCUGUUCCUCCUGACAGCAGCCGGAGCAUCUGGCUCCUUUCAGCCUCGCACACCAGCCCUUACCUGCGGGUUCAAGCUGCUGGUUGGCAAGUACUCAUUGGCUUUGCUGUGGGUUUAUUGCUUUAGGACGCCCUGGGCCAAGUGACAGUGACACAGGUUAACGUGGCCAAAGCAAACAAGAGAAGUCCAUGGCUCAUGGACAGGAGACAGCCCAGGGUAACUCCCGCCUCAGGAGAUAAUGGAUUCCACUGCUCAGAUGAUACUGUUAGGACUUUAUCUCACUCCGUCCCCAGCUCUGCGUCCCUGUGUUGGCUUCAAUCCUAUGCAGGCCCUGCAUUGUGGUGGCAGAGGUGGCCUUCAGGUUCAUGGCCCAUUACCCCCCCCCACCCCUGCCUGGAGCCUGGGGGCAGCAUCCUUGUCUCAGUAGUGAGAGCCCCAAGACUGAUUCCCAUUGGCCCAGCUCGGGUCACA